AUGAGCGCUCCCGUCGUGAACCUCAACUUCCUGCGCGCCGGCAGCCGCGGUGCCUCCAUUAACUAUGGUGGCGCCAUGCCGAACAUGCACAUGGCGACUAUGGACGACCUGACUCCAAACGCGACUGACGCACUGGCCGCGGGUUUCAUGUUGCCACCCGUGGCCGACCCCGCCGCCUACUCUCGCGAACACUUCAAGGUCAAAUACACGGAGGAUAACGAGCAAUCGCUGAAGUUCGCCAAGGGAACGACCACACUCGCAUUCAUCUACAACGGUGGAAUCGUCGUGGCUGUGGACUCGCGUUCCACAAUGGGUCCGUUCAUUGCGUCUCAGCAAGUUAAGAAGGUGAACCCCAUUAAUGAGUACAUCCUGGCCACGCUGGCUGGUGGCGCCGCUGACUGUCAAUUCUGGCAGCGUAACCUGGCUGUACAGUGCCGCAUGUACGAGCUACGCAACCGUCACCGCAUCUCUGUGCGUGCAGCCUCGAAACUCAUCGCCAACACGUGCAAUUACUACAAGCGCUACGGAAUGUCGCUGGGCAUGAUGAUGAUGGGCUAUGACAAUGGUGAACCGGUGCUCUACUACGUGGACGACGAGGGAUCUCGCAUUCCUGCCAGUAAGGACGUGCCCAAGUUCAGUGUGGGUUCGGGAUCCACCUACGCGUAUGGUGUUCUGGACACCAACUGGCGCUGGGACCUCACGGACGACGAAGCUGUGGAGCUCGGCAAGCGCGCCAUCUACCACGCUACACACCGUGACGCCUACAGUGGUGGCUUCUGCAACGUAUUCGUCUUCAAACCCGAAGGAUUCAAGCACGUGGUGCACCAGGACGUCAAGGAAAUGCAUGACUACGGACGCGAGAACUAA